AUGGGACCCCUCCGUGCCUUGGAGCCGUCCCCAGCGCCGCUCCUCUCCUGCCUCCCACUCCGCGAGUGGCUGGCUCCGCACACGCCUCCUGGGUGCUCAAGCAGCCUGAGGAGAUCAAAAGAGAUGUGGCCGUCUUGGGGACUGGACUGGAGCCGAGCUGGCUGUGACUUGCUCUUCACAGAAGCCAUCAAUCAAAGAAUGCAGGUUCCCAACAGGCUGAAGGUAGCAGACAGCUUCAGCCCUGGGGACCAGGAGCCAGUGGCAGAGGAUAUCUCUGCUUCCUUUCGGAUGCACAUCCCUGAUAGGAUUUCCCUUGCAGAAAUAUCAGAUACCAGUUUGAGGCCCAUCCUGCUGAACCAGCAGAGGAAGGUCCCUUCUGUGGUGGUGCAUAUGUCCCCAGACUCCUCUGCUGAGCUCACCCUCCCUGGGGAGCUCCCUUUUCUGCAUGUAGCCGGCAGAUCGAGCUCCCAGAAACGCAAACGAUCGGGCCAUCACAGCAGCAGGUCACGGUGGGAGAGGACUCCGAGUGACUGUGCCCAGCUGGCCCUGCACAGCCCGGGACGGCACCAUGAGUGGCCAGACGUGUGCCCCCAGCCUGCACGCAGUGCCCCGCUGCCCCUCCUCACAGAGACAGGCAGGAUCUACUCCAUGCAGAACAUCUUCCAGACCAUGUACCUUCUGGGCCAGGUGCUCUUCCAGCGUGUCCAGGGCUCCCUGCAAGACCCAGUGCUGUCCAGCUCCCAGGAGGCCAGCUCAGCUCCAGAGAGCGUCUCAGAGGAGGCUGGGGUGGGUGAGAUGGCAGCAAUGAGAAAACAGCUGUCGAGGAUCUCGAGGAGGCUCCGCAUGCUGGAGGAGCAGUGCAGCACCUGGCACCAGAAGGAAGCCCUCCUCUACUCCCUGAUGAUCUCUGCCUGCCUCAUCAACACCUGGCUCUGGCUGAGAAGAUGA